AUGAAAAAUAAAGGAACUCGUGAAGUGUUAAGAGUUUUACAAAAGUUUGUAGCAGAACAUAGCCCAAGUACUUUAACAUCAGACCAAGACAGUGCAUACCUCAGCAAUGAAAUCACAGAUUUUCUCAUUAAGCAUAACAUAACUCACUACACUACUGAAGACCAUAACCAUAACAUACUCGGCAUCAUAAACCGCUUCAUAAGAACGCUCAGAGAUUUAAAUCAAGAGCGAGACUUUACCGAAGAAACAAUGAAACAUUUUCUCGAAGUAUAUAAUUCCUCAACACAUUCUACAACAGGACAUACACCAAAUUCAAUGACACAACAACAAGAAGAAAAGUAUAUACAAAAGAAACGAAGCCAAACACAAAAUAUCAGAAAUUCAACACAAUUUACCCUCAUUCCUGGAACAAAAGUUCGUGUAGUUCUUGACGACAAACCGUUGACAAAGAAACGUUUAAGGUUAAGUAGAAACUAUUAUAUCGUAGACUCUACGCAAGGUAAUGGAUAUCUUAUAAAAGCUGCUGACGACUCCAUAGCAUUUUACCCUCGACAUAAAUUAGUCGAAAGUAGUAAUGGCAAACUUGCUGAAACCAUUGACGAAGCAAAGCGAGGAGUGGUUAUUGAAAUACUUGGCUAUAACAUAAACGAUGACACUUAUAAAGUAAGAUAUGAAGGAGGCGUUGAAGAUGUUAUACCAUCUAAGAACUUGAGAGAGUCGAAGCCAACACAUCUGGGACCAUUAGAGCGGGAGUACUGGAAAGACAAAAAUAUGCCAGAAAGAAUAAGAAAAUUCUUCUAA